GAUCAUUCCAAAGCCGGCUAACAGAAUAAAUCUGUAAGCAAACUUCUAAGACUUUUCCACUUUACACCACACAUUCACUUGACCAUACAUCUUUAGGUUUGAUAAGUUUCUCACCAUGGAGUUCAGCUACCUCCAAGAAGACUCAAAGAGCUCGAGCGACGAAAACAUCGACCGAUCGUCCGAUCAAAACCCCGACAACGACGAUAACGAUGAUCAUGACAUGGGAAUUGGUAGAUCCUAUGAGUGUGUGUUUUGCAAAAGAGGUUUCACAACUGCUCAAGCUUUAGGUGGACACAUGAACAUACAUAGAAAAGAUAGAGCAAACAAUAACAAAAGUGUGACUAAAGCAACUUUCAUUCCACCUAGUUCAAGCAAAUUAGUACUUGAUCAUCAUCAUCAUCAUGAUAGCUAUGGAGAUCUUGGAUUUUAUUCAACAAUUAAUCCAUCUCAUGGUUAUUAUUCUUCUUCAAUUUCAUCCAAAACUACUACUACUCCUGAGGUAGAUUCUCUCAACUAUCAUCAACUAUAUUUUCCUUCACAUCAUGUGCAAUAUAGUGAGAUGCUUUGUGUUGAAAAUCAAAGAAUGUUUGGAUCACAAGAUUGGAGGGGUUUGAGCUUGUAUGCAAAUCCAUUGAUUAAAGACAAGAUAGAAAACAACAAUGAAGUGGAUGAAUUGGAUUUGGAGCUUAGACUUGGUCAUUAUCCAUAGCAAAAAAUUCAUAUGUAAUUGCACUUAUUUCUCUACUUUUAUAUAUAAAUAUAAUUGCAUGUUUUAUGUAUUAAUUCUAAUGGCAUGCAAUUGUAUAUUGAGAAGUAAUUAAGUUUUUCUAUGUUAUGGAGGCUUUUUCAAGUUAGGGUUUUAUGAUAUUAUAUAACCCAGAAGUUUUUACAUAUGUGAAUGUUUCUUUUGUUGCUAAUUUCAAUGAAAAUUAGGUUAUUUAUGUACACAUGAGUGUUUUUAUUUAUUUAUUUUGUAAUAAAUUAACUAAU